GUAAACUAAUAAUCAGAUGCGCCACGACUUUCCGUACAUGGCGGCCUUGUUGGUUCAUAAUCGCGCUGUAAAACACAUGUCCGUCUCCUCAAAUUUGUGUGAACAUUCGCCUCUCGUCUGCUCCGUUCCCCGGAAGCCACUUCGUGUGGUUGUAAGGACCCUCAUUUGGUAUUGCUUUUUCUAUUUCACGGGGGACGGAGUUAAAUCUCACUUUUCGGCGUCGACAACAGUGCAGCUGAGAUCCCACAGUACGCUUCUAGCGUAAUAAAGCGAACCUCUAUCAGUCAUGAAUCAAAAAGAUGCUGUACAAGACAAUCCCAAAUCGUGUUCGAAGAAAGCAAUCCCACCUUAUAUGAAAGCAGUUUCUGGCUCGCUAGGAGGUGUUAUGGAGGCCUGUUGUUUGCAACCCAUUGAUGUCAUUAAGACCAGAUUGCAACUUGAUAGGUCCGGAAACUACAGGGGAAUAGUACACUGUGGUACCACAGUUGCUCGAACAGAAGGGGUGCGAGCUUUAUGGAAGGGAUUGACACCCUUUGCUACACAUUUGACCUUGAAGUAUGCACUGCGAAUGGGUUCAAAUGCAUUAUUUCAAACAGCAUUUAAGGACUCUAAGACUGGGAAAAUUAGCAGUCAGGGGCGGCUUCUUUCUGGUUUUGGUGCUGGGGUCCUUGAGGCUCUUGUGAUUGUUACUCCAUUUGAGGUGGUGAAAAUCAGAUUGCAGCAACAGAGAGGCCUAAGUCCUGAUCUUUUGAAGUACAAGGGACCUGUACACUGUGCCCGAAUGAUUAUAAAGGAAGAAGGCCUUUUUGGGCUUUGGGCUGGGGCUGCUCCAACUGUAAUGCGCAAUGGGACAAAUCAAGCUGCCAUGUUUACAGCCAAAAAUGCUUUUGAUAUCCUUUUAUGGAAGAAACAUGAAGGAGACGGGAAAGUCCUUCAACCAUGGCAAUCCAUGAUCUCUGGAUUUCUUGCAGGUACAGCAGGCCCUAUCUGCACUGGCCCUUUCGAUGUAGUGAAAACAAGGCUAAUGGCUCAGAGCCGAGCGGGAGGUGAGUUGAAGUAUAAGGGCAUGAUCCAUGCCAUCAGAACAAUAUAUGCAGAGGAAGGGCUUCGUGCAUUAUGGAAAGGUCUGUUGCCUAGGCUCAUGAGAAUUCCACCUGGCCAGGCCAUUAUGUGGGCUGUGGCUGAUCAAAUAAUUGGUUUGUAUGAGAGGAGAUAUCUACAUAGUGCUGCAUUGUAGGUACUUCUCACAUUGUCUUUUGCCGGCUCUGAACCAUGUCAAUUUUGUUGCUAUCGCAUGCAGAUGACGAUGUUAGGGUUUAGGCUUCUAACCCGAGAUUUAUUUCUUUAAUCUCUUGAAUUUGAUGGGUGACACUUGGUGCCUUAGAAAAUAACUUUUAGCUGGGAAAAACAAUCAUAUUUGUUAGAACUAGCGGGAUUGUAGCAAACUGAAUCUGCCAAAACGCUUGAUACUGUUGGUGUACUCUACAAAAUAUGUUUCUUGUCAAGUUCUUGCUGCCUCUAUUUUAUGGAUUCCUGGACUA